ACCCGGGCCGGGCGGAGCGGGCGCUCGGUGCGGGCGGUCACCGCCGCUCUCGCCAUGCGGGCGCUGCUGCUCCCCGCGCUGCUGCUCCCGGCGCUGGCCGCGGUGCGCGGAGCCGCCACGGCUCUGGGUGAUGUGGACCAGGUCCGGAUGACCUCAGAGGGCUCCGACUGCCGCUGCAAGUGCAUCCUGCGGCCGCUGAGCAAGGACGCCUGCAGCCGCGUCAGGAGCGGCAGCGCGCGCGUGGAGGAUUUCUACACCGUGGAGACCGUGAGCUCGGGGGCCGACUGCAAGUGCUCCUGCACCGCGCCGCCCUCCUCGCUCAACCCCUGCGAGAACGAGUGGAAGAUGGAGAAGCUGAAGAAACAGGCCCCUGAGCUCUUCAAGCUGCAGGCCAUGGUGGACCUGCUGGAGGGAACGCUGUACAGCAUGGACCUGCUGAAGGUGCACUCCUACAUCGGCAAGGUGGUGGCACAGAUGAACACGCUGGAGGAGACCAUCAAGACCAACCUGAGCAGGGAGAAUGACUUCAUGAAGGAGAGCGUCCAGCACCUCACCGACCAGAUGAAACGCUACGAGAACUACUCUGACAUCAUGAUCAGCAUCAAGAAGGAGAUCUCCAACCUGGGCUACCAGCUGCUGCAGAAGGAUGCGGCUGCCAUCCCUGAGAGCAAGGCACAGGACACGACAGGUGGCCGAGAGAAGGAGGCAGGGCGGUACCCCAGCCCCCGCAAGGCUCUGGGGGACAAGGCAGGCCCCCGAGCGCCCAAGGAGAAGCCGCUGAAGCCUGAAAAGCCCAAAAAGGAGAACAGCAAGGCCAGGGCAGGGUCACAGCCCACGGCCAAGCCCAAGCCCCUGGCGCAGCAGCAGACUGUGGUUCGAGGCAUCACCUACUACAAGGUCGGGCAGGUGGGAGCAGCAGAGGGUCCAACCAGCAGCCGUGAGGGCUCUGUGAGAGGGGCAGCUGUGUCAGAGCAGCAAGAGGACAGGGGCCCCCCGCCCCCCUCAGCUGAGGGCACCCCAGCCCAAGCUGUUGCACAGACGGAGACCCCCGUGCCCAGCAGCACAGCUACACCCAGCACCGCCCUGGCCCCCCACAGCACCGCCCUGGGGCAGGGCCCUGACAGCACCGGGGACCCCGAGACACCCAACAGAGUGAAGGAGGCGGAGUGCGAAGGCACCAUCGAGGCAGUGGAGCCCCCCAGGGAGCACCACAGCUACGGGCGCAACGAGGGGGCCUGGAUGAAGGACCCGGCUGCCAAGGAUGACCGCAUCUACGUCACCAACUACUACUAUGGGAACAGCCUGGUGGAGUUCAGGAGCCUCGACAACUUCAAGCAGGGCCGCUGGAGCAACCUCUAUAAGCUGCCCUACAACUGGAUUGGCACCGGGCACGUGGUGUACAGAGGGGCCUUCUACUACAACCGUGCCUUCACCAAGAACAUCAUCAAGUACGACCUGAAGGAGCGGUACGUGGCAGGCUGGGCGCAGCUCCACGACGUGGUGUACGAGGACACGACGCCCUGGAAGUGGAGGGGCCACUCGGACAUCGACUUCGCUGUGGAUGAGAGCGGGCUCUGGGUCAUCUACCCCUCGGUGGACUACGACUACUCGCAGCAGGAGGUGAUCGUCCUCAGCCGCCUGGACCCCGUGGACCUCUCGGUGCGCAAGGAAACCACCUGGAAGACGGGGCUGAAGCGCAACUCCUACGGGAACUGCUUCAUCAUCUGUGGCAUCCUCUACGCUGUGGACACCUACAGCCAGAAGGAAGGGCAGAUCUCCUACGCCUUCGACACGCACACGGACACGGAGGCAGAGCUCCGACUGCCCUUCCUCAACCACUACUCCUUCACCACGCAGGUCGACUACAACCCCAAGGAGAAGGUGCUCUAUGCCUGGGACAACGGCCACCAGAUGACCUACGGGCUCCGCUUCGUGGUCUGAGUGCCCGGGCGGGUCCCACUGCACUCCUGUGCCCACCCUGCGCCGUGCCUGCCCGGGGCACCCUGACGCAGCCUGGCCCUGGCACCCCUGCUCCAGCCAGGGCUGUGGCAAGAGCCCGGCUCCCACCCCAAACCCUUGCCCCUCUGCUAUGGCCAUCACCUGCACCGUGCCCGCAGGGGGAGCACGCAAGAGCAGCCCCCAGCAGACACCCCUGUGACAACGUGGCCCCUGGGGCCGUGGCAGCUCGGCCAGCAUCGCCUUCCUGGGACACGGAGGAGCCCAGCCCUGCAUCCCUGUGCCCCUGCUGGCACCGCCCGCCCUGCAGCAGCGCACCGAGCACAUCCUGCACUGCCCCCAGCCCGGCCCUGAGUGCCACCACUGCCAGCCCUGUGCCCUGUGUGUGCCCCGUGGGGCGGGCGGGCCCCCUCCCUGCCAGGCGCCAGGAACAGGUGCCAGCCGCUAUUUUAGGAAGUGUGGUUAAGAUGCCUCUGCUUUUGCUGAUCAUGAGUUUGUUAUUUAAAUGCAUUCACUGGAGCCGUGCAAGUCCCCUUCGGCAGCAGGUGUGGAGGAGCCUGCCCGGGGUGUCCAGCCUCACAAUAACCUGCACACCUGCCCUCUCCCCUGCCCUCUCCCCUGCCCUCUCCCCUGCCCGCACCCAGCACUGGGCAGGGCAGCCCUCGGGCCUCUCCCUCUCCGUGUGAGGCAGAGCAAGGGGCUGCUUGGCUUGGUUUUGUUCAUUUUAGACAUGAGCAGUACUAAAACAUAACAGAUGUGAGA